GUCUCGGCCUCCCGCCCCGGGCAGUUCGCGGCUGUGGGGUCCCUGGGCGGCAGCUUCUCCGCGGGCAGGGCCGCGGUAGCUCCCCCUCUCGCGCCCCGGCUGCGCGCGGUGUCCGCCCCGAGAUUACCGCGGGGCUGUGGGCAGUCAGGACAGUGCUGGGCGCGCAGCCGGCGCCGCCCGCCGCCCUCCCCACCAGUAGGCCGAUCCCCGUGGUAGCAUCCGGUAGGGAAAUGGUCGUGCUCUCCGUGCCCGCCGAAGUCACUGUGAUCCUGUUAGAUAUCGAAGGUACCACAACCCCGAUUGCUUUCGUGAAGGACAUUUUAUUUCCUUACAUCAAAGAAAAUGUUAAGGAGUAUCUGCAGACACAUUGGGAAGAAGAGGAGUGCCAGCAGGAUGUCAAUCUUUUGAGGAAACAGGCUGAAGAGGACUCCCACCUGGAUGGGGCUGUUCCGAUCCCAGCAGGGUAUGGGAAUGGAGCGGAUGGUGACUUGCAUCAGAUGAUCCAGGCCGUGGUGGAUAAUGUUUGCUGGCAGAUGUCUCUGGACCGAAAGACCACAGCACUGAAACAGCUGCAGGGCCACAUGUGGAGGGCGGCCUUUGCAGCUGGGCGAAUGAAAGCAGAGUUCUUUGAAGAUGUAGUUCCAGCAGUCAGGAAAUGGAGAGAGGCUGGAAUGAAAGUGUAUAUCUAUUCCUCAGGGAGUGUAGAGGCACAGAAACUGUUAUUUGGGCAUUCUACAGAGGGAGAUAUUCUUGAGCUUGUUGACGGUCACUUUGACACCAAAAUCGGACAUAAAGUGGAGAGUGACAGUUAUCGAAAGAUUGCACACAGCAUUGGAUGCUCAACCAACAAUAUCUUAUUUUUGACAGACGUUACUCUUGAGGCCAGUGCUGCUGAGGAAGCAGAUGUGCAUGUAGCUGUGGUGGUGAGACCGGGCAAUGCAGGAUUAACAGAUGAUGAGAAGACUUAUUACAGCCUCAUCACAUCCUUCAGUGAACUGUACCUGCCUUCCUCAACCUAGAGGAGGACUUCUGAAGAAGAUUGAGUUGUCCUCACAGAGCUGUCCCUCUAGUUUUACUCUAAUAGUGAAAGUUACUUACGUAAAAACAGUAUAUGCACACAUAUGUAUGUGUAUGUUCAGAUUACCCUUCACAGGCACAUAAGGGAAAAAAAAAAAUCUCAGUUCAGUAAGGAAGGAGUAAAUAAGUGAAGAAACUUACUUAAAGAUGCUUUAUAUGUAGAAGUGUUUGAAAUUACAACUCUAAUGCUUAUUGAAGGCAAAAUGUUAUUGAUAGAAGAAAUUACUACACUAUAGGUUAAAUAUGUUUAUCAAAUAGAAAUGUUGGUAAGACAUUAUUUAGAAGCCGUAUUAUUUUAAAAACUGGAAGUAUUUUAAAGACAUUCCUGAUAAUAAUUCAUCCCCCUUUUUGUGAGUUAGAAGAUUACAGUAGCUGCAUUUCAGAACAUUAGUUUCUCUGUAUACAAAAAACAGAGAUACUUGUUUCUGCUCCACAAGAGCAAAAUUGGAAAAGGAAACUCAUUUAAGUCUUGAGCAAUCAAGUAUCUAUUACUGGAACUUGCUGGUCAUUGUGUUACUUUCAGCAAGCAGUUAGUUGCCUUAUUAAUGAAAAAGGUGCACUGGUGUAACAGCUAAAAUAGAAAUGUGUUUCUGGUUUAGCAAGAGUCCUAAUCCUGCCAGUUGAUAGUAGAGAUUUUAUACUUGCCUUUCUCACCGUUUCUUAGCACAAUUUGAGAAUAUGUUAAUCGCUCUUUACUAUGGAAAAAGUUUACUGAAAUCAGACCUAGAAAAACCCUUAUAAUAUUUUCUGCUGAAAUGGAUGUGAGAACUGUACAUUUUAUAAUAGCAUUAUUUAUCCAGUUUAAUUCCAGUAGGAUGUCAUGUUAAUUUUAAGCUGUGAUUAAUAAAAACAUUUCUUCGCUCAAUUUUAUGUAGGUCCCUAA